UUUUUCACUUUGUGUUUUAUAUUUCAAGUACGGUUUUUUUUUUUUUGAAACGCGAGCGCGCCCGCGUGUGUGUGUGUUUUAGUUUUACCGACUCGACACGUUAACGGUUAUGUUAUCGGGCCCGACGCAGUGUCAGUCUAAUCGUUUUGGCUCUCGGUGUCGCACGACGGUGUCGUAAAGGUGUCGAAAUCCACGCCGACCGUGUGAUUUAUAAUAUAAAAAUAACAUAUAAAUAUAUAUAUAAUAAUAAUAAUAAUAAAACAUUAUAGUCGUCGCGACGUUAUUGUACAUAGCGGAUGAUCUUCAGGUGCGCGCGGGUUGUCCGCUAAGGAUAAUCACACACAUAUUGGUCGCAGUUUCUCUCGAAAACGGGGUGAUGCCUCGAGACGUAUCCAAAGGCAAACAUCAGUUCAAAAGGCGGUUCAGCUUGCAGCCGUCGUCGUUCUUCAGAGAUGACUCGUUGUCGGCGAGCCACUCGAUGGCCAGCAGCGUGGAGGGCCAUCACGACCAGCUCCAGGCUCACGCGGACCCUUCGGACGUGACCAGGCAUAAGAUCGUGGUGAUGGGAGCCGCUCGCGUGGGCAAGUCGUCGCUGAUCACGCAGUUCCUGUACCGGAAGUUCUCGUCCAAGUACAAGCGGACCGUCGAGGAAAUGCACCACGGCCAGUUCACGGUGGACGGUGUGAAAAUCGACCUGGACAUACUGGAUACGUCCGGGGCUUAUGAGUUCCCGGCGAUGCGCGCCCUGUCCAUAUCGUCGGCCGACGCCUUCGUGCUGGUCUACUCCGUCACCGACCCCGACUCGUUCCAGCAGGCGGCGGCCAUCCGAGAUCAGAUUAUCGAGACCAAACACACUUCCGACGUGCCCAUUGUGGUGGUGGGCAACAAACUGGAUCUGGCCAAUACCGACAGAAAGGUGCCCUACGAGGAGACGUCGUGCCUGGUGGAGGUGGACUGGGAAAACGGUUUUGUCGAGACGUCCGCCAAGGACAACAUAAAUGUCGGCGAGGUGUUCAGAGAGUUGUUGAACCAGGCCAAGUCUAAGUACGACCUCGGACCGUCGCUGAGGAGGAACUCGGCUCGCCGACAGUCUUUGCCUUCGGGAGGCGGCGGCCAGGGGACUAUGGUGCCCACGCCGGCACAGCUGGCGCACUUGCAGAAGAAGGCGAGGCGGCGGCGGCGGCGGCGGAGAUGGAGGAAGCGGCAGGUCCAAGCGCAACUCGUGUUCAAUAUCGUAAUGCCCGCAGAACAACACCUGCAACUCACCGCCGCCAUCCGCUCCUCCUGCUCCUCCUCCUCCUCCUCCUCCUCCUCCGCCCCUCGGUGAAAUUUAAACGCAUACACGAUCUUUAGAAUUUUAAAACGCAGUAGGUAUAUUUUACUAUGAAAUAAUUGUUUAGGGGAAUACGUUUUACGUAAAAUGUUUAUUAUAUUAAACAGUUAUGGUGAUUUAUAUUUUAAAUAACAUUUACUUAUAUAAAGUACUUUUGGAGGAUAAACAUCUAAACGACGACAUAUGUAAUAGCAUAAAAAGCAGAAUUUCACGGUAGAAACAAUGACAGUUCGAUAACACGUUUUGGAUAAAUACUUCUCGUGUCAUUACCAUAUAUAUGUAAUACAGUUUACUAUCUGACUAUAAAAAGUUAUACUCCUAAACUGCUAUUUGUAUAAUACAUUGAGUAUAAUUAGCAUAUAAUAAUAUUUUGUACGAUAGGUACGACGAUGGAUUUGUAUAAUAUGACAUAAAACGACGGUUUAAUGUAAUAAAGAUUUUAAUUAGGAUUUUUUACCUAAAAAAAUUGUUUCAUAGAGAAUAAUAAUUACUGUGUUAUAAAAUGUUAAAGACACUGCGUUUAUAUACACGUAUAGGUAUGUGCAUACCUAACACUGUCACACUACUGUCACAUUUUACCAUCUUUAUUAUACUAUAUUGUUAUUAUAUAUCUAUCUCUGCGCAAAGAUUACUUGUCAAAUGUGUACUGCGUACAUUUUGAAAAACAUACGCUUUAUCAUCCAACACAUUGAAAGAAAAAUAAACAAUGCAAUGCACUUUUAAACGUAAGUGAUAUUAACUUUUUUAGUAAAACAACUCGUUUAGACCCAAGUGACAAAUGUAUGCAUGCAUUAGCAUUAGUGUACAGAUAUUAUACAUAAUCGGUUGACUAUUUCUUCCCGUUUUAUUUAUUGUACAUAAAUAAUUAUAUGUAAAAUAACUCAUACUAUUUCGAAAGUAAGUCCAUUCUGAUAGAAAUAAUUUAUAAUUACGCAUUAACUCGUUUUAUUUUUGAAUUUUGAUUGACGUGUUUUGUAAAGAUACGUGACAAAAAAAACAAAACUUCGGAUUUUUUAAUGUUUUAUCAAACUGUAGCGAAAGUUUGGAAAAUUGCAACAGAUCGCAUUAAAUCUGUGGCCAAAUAAUGUUAACUACGGUUUGUUGUCCAUUCAAAUUUUCCAAAUUAAGGUACCAAAUCUGAUUUGUCUUUGGACAGCGGUAACCGUCGCGCAGUUAUGUUAACAUAUUUUAAUCAAACAAAUAGUAUAAAUUAUUAUUAUAUAUUACAUAAUAUAUAUUGUAUUAUUAUUUAAGUUUAAGAUUGCAUUAUUAUUAAUAUAAGUUUUCAAAUCUUCAACAAAAUCCGACAAAAU